UCUGGCAACUCCACAAAUUUUGGCAUGGUUGAUCUUUACGGGACCGAGUGAAAUAAAACCGUUUCGUAGAAUUAUUAUGAAAAUGGAGUGGAAACCAGAACAAGAAGGACUAAGACAAAUACUAACACUUCUCAAAGAGUCUCAAUCACCAGAUACAGCAACGCAGAGGGCUGUACAACAAAAAUUGGAAGAAUUAAACAAGUAUCCAGACUUCAACAACUAUUUGAUUUUUGUCUUGACUAAACUUGUAAGUGAAGAAGAACCUACAAGAUCUUUAAGUGGUUUGAUUUUGAAAAAUAAUGUCAAAGCACAUUACAACAGCUUUCUGCCUGAAGUUGCGGAAUUCAUAAAACGAGAAUGCUUAUCAGCAGUCGGGGAUCCUUCUCCCUUGAUUCGCGCUACUGUGGGUAUCAUUAUCACCACUAUAGCUAGCAAGGGAGAGCUAACAUCAUGGCCUGAACUGUUACCAGCCUUGUGUCAAAUGCUUGAUUCACAAGACUACAAUGUUUGUGAGGGUGCAUUUGGGGCACUACAGAAGAUAUGUGAAGACACAGCUGAAGUUCUGGAUAGUGAUGCACUGAACAGGCCACUGAAUGUGUUGAUUCCAAAAUUCCUACAGUUUUUCCGGCACUCAUCGCCUAAAAUCCGGUGUCAUGCAAUUGCUUGUGUUAACUAUUUCAUCACAAACCGAACACAAGCUCUCAUGUUGCACAUUGAUGCUUUUAUUGAGAACUUGUUCCAUUUGGCAGCUGAUGAAGAUUCUGAUGUCAGGAAAAAUGUUUGUCAUGCUUUGGUCUUGCUCCUGGAGGUGCGAUUGGACAGGCUCAUCCCUCACUUACCUAACAUUAUUGAGUACAUGCUGGUGAGAACCCAAGAUCCCGAGGAGGGUGUUGCUUUAGAAGCCUGCGAGUUCUGGCUCACACUUGCAGAACAAAAUGUUUGCCGUGAGGUGUUGGGCCCCAGAUUACCAGCUCUGCUUCCUAUCUUGGUGCAUGGUAUGCGGUAUUCGGAAAUGGACGUGAUCUUACUUCGAGGUGAUCGGGACGAUGAUGCAGAUGACGCAGAGCCAGAUCGGGAAUCUGACAUAAGACCACGAUUCCAUAAACCUCGAUCACACACGGUCAAACAUAAUGCUGGAGCUGGUGACAGUAAUAUGUCGGGAGGUGGCGAGUCAGAUGACGAAGACGACGGCGGAGCGGACGCAGAUGAUGGCUCGUUGUCAGACUGGAACUUACGUAAAUGCAGUGCGGCCGCGCUCGACGUGCUCGCCAACGUGUUCGGGGCAGACUUAUUACCAGUACUCUUCCCUAUACUUAAAGAGACACUUUUCCAUGAAGAUUGGGUCAUAAAGGAAAGCGGUAUUUUAGCCCUGGGUGCUGUGGCCGAUGGCUGCAUGGGCGGUAUGGUGCCCCACCUUCCGGAUUUGGUUCCAUAUCUGGUAUGCUGUCUGGCUGAGCGCAAGGCACUGGUGCGCGCCAUCACUUGCUGGACGCUUUCUCGUUACUCACACUGGAUCGUAUCUCAGUCGCAUGACCUGUACCUGAAGCCUGUGAUGACUGAGUUAUUGAAGCGCGUGUUAGAUAACAACAAGCGAGUACAAGAGGCGGCGUGUUCAGCUUUCGCUACUCUCGAGGAAGAAGCGUGCACAGAGCUUGUCCCUUACUUGGGCUUUAUUUUACAGACACUUGUGUAUGCUUUUAGUAAAUAUCAACACAAGAACUUACUCAUAUUGUACGACGCUAUUGGUACACUAGCUGACUCAGUUGGCCAUCACCUAAAUAAACCAGAAUAUAUUAAUAUGUUGAUGCCACCACUCAUCAAUAAGUGGAACUUUUUGAAGGAUGAAGAUAAGGAUCUCUUCCCACUUCUUGAGUGCCUAUCAUCUGUGGCUACAGCUCUUCAGUCAGGAUUCCUGCCUUACUGUGAACCAGUAUUCAGAAGAUGCGUUUCAUUAAUAGAACAAACUUUAAAUCAAAAUAUUGCAAACACACAAAGUCCAGAACAGUUUGAAGCACCUGAUAAGGACUUCAUGAUUGUGGCGCUGGAUUUGUUGAGUGGCUUGGCAGAAGGGUUGGACGGCCACAUAGACCACCUGGUGUUCAACUCCAAUCUGAUGCAGCUGCUCUACCAAUGUAUGCAGGAUCCGAUGCCUGAGGUAUAUCUUGUGCGUCAGUCGUCGUUCGCGCUGCUGGGUGACUUGACAAAAGCAUGUUUCCAACAUGUACUACCAUACAUACCCGAGUUUCUACCAAUACUCGGCAUGAACCUCAAUCCAGAACUCAUUUCUGUAUGCAAUAAUGCCACCUGGGCAAUUGGCGAAAUAAGUAUCAAAUUAGGGCCUGAAACAUCAAAGUAUAUCCCCCUAGUUUUGAACCAUUUAGUUGAAAUUAUCAACAGGCCUAACACACCCAAGACCCUACUUGAAAAUACAGCGAUUACUAUCGGUCGGCUAGGUUAUGUGUGCCCCCACGACGUCGCACCCGUUUUACAUCAAUUUGUACGCCAGUGGUGCACCUCGCUGCGAAAUAUUCGCGAUAACGACGAGAAGGACUCUGCGUUCCGUGGCAUCUGUCAGAUGAUCCAAGUGAACCCAGCCGGGGUCGUGCAAGACUUCAUGUUCUUCUGCGACGCUGUCGCCUCGUGGUCGCACCCCAAGGACGACUUAAAGGAGAUGUUCACCAAGAUCCUGCACGGGUUCAAGAACCAAGUCGGUGAGGAGAAUUGGCGCCAUUUCACCGACCAGUUUCCCGUGCAGCUCAGCGUGCGCCUGUCUGCCAUGUGCGGGAUAUAGACGUCAUCACUGCGUUAUGGGGAACCAAUGUCAGCACGGGUCGGGAAGACAUUGAGGGUGUCGCAGCAGGCGCGGCACCCGCGCGUAGGGAACACUCGCUCGGGCCGGCCGCCGCCUGUCCGCCGCGUUAUGUGCCAACACACUGACCUCACUACACUAGCGAGGAUAUUUACACAUUUGUACCUAUCGACAGAGAAUAUAAAUCUAGAUUGUAAAUUGUUACACUUCAUUCUUCUGUUCGUACCUGAAAUUAUUUUUCGUUUGACGAGACGUACAUUUAGAAGCGGCGUAAUCACUUAAUGAGUGUAUUGUGCACUGAGUAUAAGGUAAUCGUAGCUUGGAUGGGUCGCGCAGGUUCUGAACCGCUCCGCUCGGCUUGCUCGACAGACGCACAACGCACAGGCCGGGGCUGCGUACACACGUAUACGGUGCUAGGCUUUCUAUUCGUAUCUUGUUACAUUCACGUUGCACGGUGCAUGCUUACGUGCCUCUAUGUAUAACCAUCGUAACGAGUGUACAUUCAUUAGCCCUUUCUAGUUGUAGUUUUACUCACUAAAUUUUGUAACACGGUGAUUAUUACCGAGUUAGAUGUGGUAUAUCUACUGUAAUUGCAUGAAAUUUAGAAAUAGUUUCUAGUUUGUAAAAAAAGAUGAGACGUGUUUGUUGAAAAAUAUGAUUUAUUCUUAUUUUGGUUCUUGCAAAUUUGCCCUAUAGUUUCAAUUUUUUUAAAACGACACAUCGAAUCAUCUGAGUCUCAUCAUAGGAAUUAUACCUUAACAAGCAGUAGUAAGGUAAACAUAAUAUUGAUAUCGAUAAAAAAUGAUAUCAAAUUGAUAAUAGUAACAAUAAAACGCUAAUAAUAAUAAUAUCGCGAGCUACUUGCGUAGUAGACAUAGCAAGUACUCGCAUCGCCAGUCACAUCGUUCGCCUUUUGCUCGUGAUUAUUAUUUAGCUUAGGUUGACUGAUGCCAUUCACUGCUCAACACAUACCGCACGUGUUUAAUUUAUAAUUCAAUAACAUAAAUACAGCAUAAAUGCUAUUAGUUUUAGUUGAUUUCAAAUAAACAAAGUCAUUCAGUAAUUAAUUUUGUCCAAAAGCAUUUAUCUACACCCACUAGCUAGAGCAUCGCAAAUAUAUUUUAUUAUCUACAAUUUAAAAUUGACGCGUUAACUUUUAUUAUUUUAUGUAAAUUACAAAGACUUAGUAAAAUCGAGAAUUUAUGUGAACUGUGAUUUGUGACUGGAUUUUUUUUUUGACUAAUAUAUGUGUAUGAUGAUUUUGUCUGUGUCAGUGUAGAUAUGAUAUACUGCUUUGAUAGAUUUUAUGAAGGCUAGAUUUCUGCUAUAUAAUAUACCAAAUAGUAUUUUUACGUUGUAUAUUGUUUAAUGGAAUUGUAUAUGUGAGUUGGCCGGUGGACGGACGCUUGCAGCGCGACGUGUGGUGCGUCCGUGCAAGUCUCACAAAGCUAUAUUUACACACUUUGUACUCGUGUGCGUCGUGCGCGCGACUGUCCGCUGCGCUGGUCAACUUUAUCAUUGAUAUAAACUACUAUUUACGUGUAUAUUUAAUUAAACUAAUAUUAUGUAUAUGUAAAUACAUAUUGCGAUGUAUAUUAUUAUUAUAUUCAAGUAAAAUUGUUAUUUUUUGUUUUAUAAAAAGCUAAAAGUCUGACUUUAAACACUUGUUAUAAUAUCAUUUAAUUUUUUUUUCAGAUACGGGGUCUGAAAUUAUGUAGUUCGAAUGAACAUUAGUAUAUUUAACAAAUUGCAAUCGUAGUAUAGGGAGCGUCGAUAUAAUAUGGUAUUUCGGGGAUAAAAAGAAAUUUUAACAUUCCGUAAUCUAAAUUCUGUCUUUUGGCUCAGUAUAAAACUUCAGUGUCCAGUGUUGCUAUACUUUUAUGUUUCGCGAAUCGCUAAAUUAUAAUAUUUAGAUAUACAUAUUAUAUAUACACGUCGUGAUUGUAUCGAGUAGGAGAGAUCCCCGAUCCCUGAGCCCCGCUGAGUUCCUAUCCUGAGUCCUGUCUAGUCCCAUCCCGUGUCAUGUGCCAACGAAGCCCGGAGACUCGCAGGUAGGUGUCGCGUCCAUACGGUAGCUGUUUCACGUCUCGGUACCCGUAGGAACAUUAAAUUACUGUAGCUACCUUUCGGAUAAAUUUGAGACACAUUGUUUAUUUUUUAAGUAGAAUCCAUUUUAUAUCGAUUAUAUGUAUGUUACGGGUGGCCUCGUAAUUUAUUUUUAAGGUUAGUAGAUUUUAUGGUCAUGAUUUUUUUUAAUGUAGAUGUUUGUUUUUCCUAAAAAACCGUGAUAAUAGUUGGAUAAGUGAUCGCAUGUGUGAAUGUGUGAGUGAGGCGGCAUUCGUAAGGCACUCCCUUCCUUGAGGCAUAGUUAGUAUUUUAUUAUAAAUAUUAUAGUUGUAUCGUUUGGACGAACAUUAAUUGUGAUGCAUUGUCGAUAUAAAUGUAGGUUGUUUGUGUCGCGUUAAAUUGUCAUAUUGUGUUGUGGAUUAUUGUCAAAACAUGCGUACGUUGUAUUUAUUUAUAUGAAUAUUAUAAUCACAUUGUCCACGUUAGUUAAUCAUUUGGAUUGAGCUUAAAUUAUAUUCAAUUACAGAGUUGAGCUCAGCGCCGAAAAUAUUUUUAUACUAUAGCAUUUACAUAGAGGAUCAUUCCGUUCAUGUCAUUAGAAUGAGGUUCAUUAUACAGUUAUUCGUGAACACUUGCAAUGGUUGCGUGAGCCACACUUACAAAGCCAAGCGAUGGUGUUUACUUCAGUGUUACAUUGACUACGCUUUCGUAUUUGUUGACCAACAGGAUUUUUGGAUCGGGGCUUAAAUUGCACUCAACAGUUGCCUGUAGCAACUGUAUUAUAUCAUAACUGUAUAAUUUUAUCAAAAGUUCUGACCACAGAUUUAAUACCGACACCCAUAGACCUUGUAAGUAAAAUUAUUGUAUAAUUUCAGAAAAUAUUUAUGUCUUGUGUCCCAGUAACGUUAUAUUUUUAACCGACUUCAAAAACAAGGAGGAGGUUCCCAAUUCGACCUUUUUUUUUCUAGUUUGUUACACCUACAUUACAUAAAACAGUAUGGGUUGUGUAUAAUUAAAUAAAUACUAAUGUAUUUUAAUAAUUAAUCCACAUAUUCAAUAGGUUUUAGUCAGCUUACUGUCUCUGUGGAAAAAAAGAAGAUCCCUAAUAGUUUUGAUAACUAGUAACAUGUUUGAAUAAAAUCCUUCUCCUUUGAGGUAUCACUGCUCAUUGAAAAGAGAUAUCGGCGGUACGAAUGACGGUCACUCAUUUUACUGUAGUACUGUAAUAGCCGCAAUUUCGAUCGCAGAAUCACUUCAUAUCACAAAUAUUUUCUUUCUGCGCCCGUGCCUGGUCCGACUCGGUUAUUUAAGUUCCAAAAACAGUAACAAAAUGUAAACACAAUGUAGGCAAUGUGAGAUUCUUAUAAGUAUUUAUUCAUCUACUAAAUAGUCUUUCGCUAAAUAAAACUAAUAUUAUUAGUUCUGCAAUUUUCGAUUUAAUUUUUUAUCCAUUAUCCAUAAUAUAUAUAAAGUUAAAACGCAUAUAAGUCCAUGUUCUAUAUUAUGUAAUUAUAAUAUUUUAUUAUAUAUAUAUUAUAUUAUUAUUUUACUAGUUUUAUUUACAAAUCACUACCAUUAGUUAGUUCUCUUACAAAUUGCAAUAGGAAAUCAAUGCGUGGAACUGUAUCGUGUAUAAAAAUAAAUAUAUUUUAAAUACUUAAAUGUAAAUUCUUGUCACCUGUAGGCAAAUGUGUAAGUUGUUACAUAUAAAUAACUGAAAUUGCAAAUAAUAUAUUUGUAUUGUAAAACCUGCAUGAUUUCAGCUAAGUCCGGUACAAAUUUGCACACCAUAAUUUAUAAUUAAUAUUUUGUUGUUUGUUUUACAUAAAGUGAGUACAGAUGUAUGAAACUUAUAAUAGACAUAACCUACCUCUAUUUUAAGGCCUAACCCUAGGCAAUUUGUUCAAAAUUAACAAUAUAAAAUUAUAAUUUUGGAAGAAUAUAUUUAUACUUACUCACUUUUGAAAUAAAAAUUCUGUACUCAUUUGAUAUAAGUAAAGUAUGUAUUAAAAUAUACAAAUUCAAUUGUAAAAAAGAUAACUACUUAUAUCCAUAAAGUAAUCAAUUGUUUUAAAAUCAGGAUCUGGUUGUAAUAUGAUGACCUCACAAUAGACAUUCUUUUACCAAACAUUUCGUUAAUAAAGCACUCAUUGUUCGAA